CUGGUUUGGUGUUAAAUGAGAAUGAGAAAAGACCACAUGUGAAGGAUUUCACAAAGAAAGUUGGCAGGCUUUAUUUGUUUAUUCACCUAACAAAUGCUUAUCAAGCACAUUCCAGACACUGUUCUAAGCUCUUUAAAACAUUAACCUAAUUUUUAAUUUCCCAUAACAACCCUAUGAAGUAAUAUUACUAUUUGACAGUUGGGAAAACUGAAGCACAGAAGUGGUUAAUUAACUUGCCCGGGAUCACACAACUAGUAAAGUGGUUGAACAGGGUUUUGAUCCUAGGAAAUAUGGCUUCAGAAACCAUUGUUUAAUCCACUGCACUAAGCAGUGACUGAAUAUGGGCUGACAGGAAUGGGAAAAAUUUAGGCAAAGAUAGAUUCAUUGAUAAAAAAAAUUGAGAGGCUUGGAAGGAGAUCCGAAUUGAGCAGGUCUGCCAAAAUGUCUGAAAGAUCAGAUCUCCUUCACUUCAAGUUUGAAAAUUAUGGAGAUUCAAUGUUACAAAAAAUGAACAAAUUAAGAGAAGAGAAUAAAUUUUGUGAUGUUACAGUUCUCAUAGAUGAUAUUGAGGUACAGGGGCAUAAAAUUGUGUUUGCUGCAGGUUCCCCCUUCUUAAGAGACCAGUUUUUACUGAAUGAUUCCAGAGAGGUGAAAAUCUCCAUAUUGCAGAGUUCCGAAGUGGGGAGACAAUUGCUCUUAUCCUGUUAUAGUGGUGUGCUGGAAUUCCCUGAAAUGGAACUGGUCAAUUACUUGACUGCUGCAAGUUUUCUUCAGAUGAGCCACAUUGUAGAACGAUGCACACAGGCCUUGUGGAAGUUUAUAAAGCCAAAACAACCAAUGGAUAGUAAAGAGGGAUGUGAACCACAGAGUGCUUCUCCCCAGUCAAAAGAACAGCAGGGAGAUGCCAGAGGCUCCCCAAAACAGGAUUCACCUUGUAUUCAUCCAUCUGAAGACAGUAUGGAUAUGGAGGACAGUGAUAUUCAGAUUGUUAAGGUAGAAUCUAUUGGGGAUGUAUCUGAGGUUAGAAGUAAAAAAGAUCAGAACCAGUUUAUUUCUUCUGAACCCACUGCUUUACAUUCAUCAGAGCCCCAGCAUUCCCUGAUAAAUUCAACUGUGGAAAACAGAGUAAGUGAAAUAGAACAAAACCAUCUCCACAAUUAUGCCCUCUCUUACGCAGGCAGUGAUAAUAUCAUCAUGGCCUCAAAAGAUGUCUUUGGGCCUAAUAUUCGAGGUGUAGACAAAGGCCUACAGUGGCAUCACCAGUGCCCAAAGUGUACCAGGGUGUUUCGUCACCUGGAGAACUACGCCAACCAUUUAAAAAUGCACAAACUCUUUAUGUGUCUACUCUGCGGCAAGACUUUUACUCAGAAAGGCAACCUUCAUCGACACAUGCGUGUGCAUGCCGGCAUUAAACCUUUCCAGUGUAAGAUCUGUGGGAAAACCUUUUCUCAGAAGUGUUCCUUACAGGAUCAUCUUAACCUUCACAGUGGAGAUAAGCCCCAUAAGUGUAACUAUUGUGACAUGGUUUUUGCACAUAAGCCAGUUUUGAGGAAACAUCUUAAACAGCUGCAUGGCAAAAACAGUUUUGAUAAUGCCAAUGAAAGAAAUGUGCAAGACCUCACAGUGGAUUUUGAUUCUUUUGCAUGUACAACAGUCUCAGACUCUAAAGGGUGUCAGCCACAGCCUGAUGCAACACAGGUCCUGGAUGCAGGUAAACUGGCCCAAGCUGUCUUGAACUUAAGAAACGAUAGUACUUGUGUGAAUUGAGUAGGGGCUUUAUGCUCACAACUUAGAACUGACUGAAAACGUGGCAAUAGUCUUGAACCUUUUUAGGAGUGAUUUUGCUAGUUUGACUUCUCCAAAGCCUCUGUGCAGGUUGUAGGGGUGAGUCAAAGCACUAACAGACCAGGCAACUUACCACUUGGAGUGGUCUUGCCUUCCUUUUGCCCUCUCCCAUUUCGUGUUUUGAAUUAUUUAUCCUGUGAUGUCUGUUUUACUUUUCCAAGGAGUAUUCCGUUUGUCUACCUAACAUUGACCUUUGUUUUAGACCGACACCAUUUUAGGCUUUUCACUGGGCACAUCCUGAGGGUACCAGUGAGUUAACAACAUCACCUAUGGUCCACUAAUAGAUGCUGUGCUAAGAGAAGUGAAUAGUAUUUUUCUUUGGCAGAAAACAGGCUGAGAUAGAAGAGGAUAUUGCUCUUGGCCUGAAUAUGUGAUAAAACUUCUGGCUGCCUAUUGUUAAUUGCCUAUUGAUAAUAAUCUGCCUCCUACCAUUUGUACUUGUCUUGGAGCUGGCUAUGAAGUAUUUUGGGUUGUUCUGUGCUCUUUUCAACAGUAUUAUAGCCCAACUUCAUGUCACUGUGUUGUUCACAUAGACCAGAGUACAAUGUUUUCGGCAACACCUACAGACAAAUAGUUAGCAUGAGAAGCAUAAUUAACAAAGGAUAGAAGUACAAUUUACAAUAGCACUUACAUGGGAGGUCUUCCCGAAAAGAAGCCAAAUGCUUAUAAUUAAUGUGUAUCGUACUUGUUGAUGCUUUUCAAAUCAGGAUUGCCCCAGGCACACUGAAAAUGUGCUAAAGUAUAAUGGUCUCUCUCAAAAGAGGCUAUUUGGGAGUCAGUCUCUGGAUUGUUUUAGAGGUUAGCCUUCCGAAAGGUGAGUUUGGCCUUCAGAGUUUUGUCUGUUGUACUGUAAUAAUCUCUGUAUCCUCAUUUCUUCAUGUACACUAGUUUCUAAGAUGGAUGAAAAAAGUGGAUCACAGAAGGAGCAAUUGGGUUUUUGCAUUCAGAUAGUCCUAAAAAGGUACAUAGUCCCACCUUACCAUGUUUGAUAGAUCACUAAUGCAGAAUUGAUCUUCCAAUAUGGAAAGACACAAUUGUUUUUCCUAAAGCACAUGUUAUAGUUCAGAAAGAAAAUUUUGAGUCUUAGUAGUUUUUGACUCAUGAAUUAGAUUUAGGUAAUAGGAGUCUUAGGGUCCCUUAGAGAAUCUUUAAGCGAUCAUAUACUCCACCUCUUUUAUUUAAGCUGGGGUAUCCAAAGCCCAAAGAGGUGGCCUGGCCAAGGUUGGCCAAAGUAGAGAUGUGACUAAAAAUAUGAGCUAAUCUCUCCUUAUUUCUCACUAUCUCUUAGCUUAAAAAGAUUUAGUACAUGAUCAAGGGUAUUAUUAUCAGCAAAAAGCUCCUAGUUUGUGCUUCACUUUUUGGAAUCCCUGUUGGCUUUUUGAGACAGCCCAGGUUUUACAAACAAAACAUCACAGGAAGGAUGUAUUUUUGUUAAUUAUUUUUUUGGUUAGAAUGAAUAUUACAUUCUGCUCAAGCAAGUGAUUGAUUUGCUAGAUGGUGGUCAGGGAGAAAAAAGACAAGUAAGAAUAAUGUGAGAAGGAAACAAAUGUGAAUCUGAUUUUGUCUGGAAGCAGUGUUUAUUUAGUUUCCAUUGGGCUUUUGUUUUUACUUUUGAGCUAUGAGAAUGCAUGUACAGAUAAACCAAAACUUGAGUUUAACUUGAAUAGUCACAGGGAAUUCUUCGAGCUGUUAUAAUUUGAUGCAUUUACAUGUGAAUCUGAUUUGAGGUAUAAUUUCUACCUUUUGUUAAAAUCCUUAAAAUGAGAAUAAAAUUGAGUGAUAAGACUAAUAGGUAUCUUAUGCCCAAAGUCACUCAUUUUAUGGUUUAAUGAUGCUACCUAGCAUUCUGAUUUUUAUAUGAUCCAGCCAAAGAGUACCAGUUCUAUGCAACAGUGAGACAUUAAUGUUACCAGUGUUUCUCUGAACAUCAUUUCAUCAUAGGGGAGUAGGAAGUUGGAGUGCUUCCUUCACUUAACAUUCAUGUCCUGUUUUUGUUACUGGUUUGAAGACUAAAAGACAUGAGUUCAAUAUGAUUGGUCUCUUUGGUUGGAGACUAUUUCUGGGUUCAUUGAGUCAUUUGAGAAACAUUUAUUGGGUACCUUUGUUGCCAGGCACUAUGCUAGAUACUGAGGAUAUUGAAGGUAAGAUUGCUAAGGUCCCUGCCCUCACAGAGCUUAUGGUCUCAUGUGGUCUCAUAUGGUCUCAUGUGGUCUCAGAGAAGGUGAUUUUAUACUGGGAAUAAUAAAGAAAAUGCCUUGCUUUCUUUGAUCACUUAAAAUCAGCAUCUUGAUGGGGUUUUUUAAUCAGUAAAACUGGUUCUCACCUUUUGCAACUGCAAACCACUGAAGUGAUUUACAGUCUCCUCCAUUUCUUGGCUGGAGAGGUGUUUUGUUUCUGUGAGACAUUUUCUUAAUUUUGGUGGGACUUGACUUUUCUCCUUCUUUAUACAUGUUUCUUAGAUUGUAUUUCAAAGUGGUCAAGUUACUGAUAUCAAAUACAUUUUAUAAGGGAAGAUGACUUUCAAAACUAGUCAUAUUCUUAUAGAGAAGAAAGGUUUUCUAAAACCUUAGUCAUUCUGCAUUUGUAUUUUAUGGAUCCCCAAGAUAAUUAAAAAGGACUCUCUUUACCAUAACUUGGUUUUUAAAAAAUUACCAUGUCACCAUUAUUUAUUUAUUUAAUUUUAAAGACAAACUCCAAACUGAAGUGGCUCUGAAGUAAAUCAGAUGUGGUUUUGUUUUAGUUUCUUUAUUAGAAGAUCUAUAAAUGGUGACCAGAGUCACCACUUCUAAAAGAUUGUCCUAAACAAACAAACCAGAAUAUUUUAUUUCAGCUGGUGAAUAGCUGUUCUAAGUCUGUUGUAUGUUAGACAUACUAUGAACUACCUCUUCACUUAUUAUGGGGAAGUUUCCUUAAUAAAAGUGUGACAAUUAAA